GCCAAGCGACGGCGGCGGCAGCGGCCUGGCCAUGGAGGCGGAGGCGGCGCCGGUCGGGACCUUCCCCAGCUUCAUGACCGAGGGCUCCGUGCUGCUGCGGCGUGGAGAGCACGGCAAGGCCCUGGUCUGCUUCAACAACGCGCUGAAGCUGCGAGGCGGUGACAGGGAGUGCCUGGCUGCGCGCUCCAAGUGCUUCCUGCGCCUGGGGGACACGGACAAUGCCCUGAAAGACGCUGAAGCCUCUCUCCGCAAUGACCAAACCUUCUCCAAGGGACUGUACCAAAAAGCGGAGGCGCUGUACACCAUGGGCGACUUCGAGUUCGCGUUGGUGUUCUACCACCGCGGCUACCGGCUGCGGCCGGAGCUGCACGAGUUCAAGGUGGGGAUCGAGAAAUCCCAGGAAGCCAUCAUCAACUGCAUCGGAGCUCCAUCCUCAGUUAAACUGAAGAACAAAGGGAAUCUGUGCUUCAUAAGCAAGCAGGCAGAGUGCAAACAGAAAGUCCCAAUCAAAGUGGCAAAGAAUCCAAAGUGGACAAAGAACCAGAAGCCUGUGAGGAACCCAAAGACGGAGCGAGAGCUGCUUGGAGAGCUCUAUGCUGACAAGGCCUACCUGGAAAAGCUGCUCAAUGACAAAGAGCUGAUGGAGAGCAGCACACAGCAGGGGAUCAAGGUAAAGGACCUGGUUUUGGGGGGCAUUUCCUACCUGGAGACCCGCAGCGAGUUCUGGCAGCAGCAGAAGCCCAUUUAUGCCCGGGUGAGGGAGCGCAAGCUCCGGCAGCAAAGGUGGAGCCGGGACAAGAAGCAGAAACCCCUGGAGGUUGGCAGAUACAUUGAGAAGGCCAUGGAGGACAUUGACAUGUUGCUGAGCGGUGACUCCCCUGAAGACAGCUGCAAGAAAGCCAAGCGUGUGCUAAGAAAGGUACAAGGGUGGUCAGAGGAUGAACUUCCCACCAGGAAGGAGCUGAUCGCAGACCUCUACAGCCGCAUUGGGAAAGCUCAGCUAGAGAUGGGCCAGACGGAGGCAGCCCUGCAGAGCCACAGAAUGGAUUUGGAGCUGGCCAGGCAGCAUGAUCUGCCAGAUGCUGUAUCCAGAGCCCUCGAGAACAUCGGCAGGGUUUAUGCCAGCACCAGGAGAUUCCAGCCUGCUAUCGACACAUGGGAGAAGAAGAUUCCAAUGGUGAAAUCCAACCUGGAGAAGGCCUGGCUAUUCCAUGAAAUUGGCCGAUGUUACCUUGAGCUGGAUAAUGCAAAAGCUGCCCAAAGUUAUGGGCUGAAGUCCCUGCAGGCGGCAGGUGAAGAGGGAGAUGCUGAGUGGCAGCUCCACGCUAUGGUCCUCGUGGCACAAGCACAAGUGAGGUUAAAGGAUUACCGGCCUGCAAUCCUGACCUUUGAGAAGGCACUCGACAAGGCAACACUUCUUCACGAUGAAGCUGCUCAGGAGGCCAUCGUCACUGCUUUGGAUGAGGUGAGCAAAAGCUUCAUGGAGCAGCUGAGCGAGACAGAAGACCCAAGAGCUUGGAGCCUCAGAGAGGACCCCAGCAGCGAGAGCACCGAAGUCGACGGCUUCGAGAAGGACGCGGAGGGAGAGGCCGGGGCCGGAGCGCAGCGGGGGCACUGAGCGGGACGGGGGAGG